AUGAAACAGCAUUCAAGUCAUGGAAUUUUUACAUCAUUGAUAGUUAUCAAAAUAGUUUGUACUCAAGAAUGGAAUUAUCAUGAACUUGCUGAAGAUAUGUGGCCUUAUAUCUAUGUAUCAUGUGGUAGUACUCAGCAGUCACCUAUUGAUAUUCAAACCUCAAAUACAAAAUAUUCUAAAUUUGAGACGUUUAAAUUUUCUGCUGAUUAUGAUACAUUAAUAAAUUUUACUCUACAAAAUAAUCACUAUUCGAUUCGUACAUUUGACUCAAUACAGGAAAAGUUAUUAACGUUAGAAGGUGGAGGUUUACCAGGUACAUUUACAUUUCGACAAUUUCAUAUCCAUUGGGGCGAAAAUAUUCAUCAAGGAAGUGAACAUCAAGUAAAUGGAAAGAAAUUUUCAGGUGAAAUACACUUUGUCUACCUUAAUUUUGCAACAAAUCAAACAGCUGUUUUAAGUUUUUUAAUCGAAGUGAUUAAUAAUCAAACACUAGAGAAUGAAAUUGACUAUAAUACAACAUCAUUGUGGCAUAGUUAUAUUGAAAAAGCAUUGUUACUAAAUGGAGGUAAUAUAACAUAUUUUAUGGGAAAUUUAAGUGAAUUUAUUCCUGUUCAUAAUCUAUCAAAAUUUUAUCGAUAUUACAACGGUAGUCUAACCGUACCACCAUGUUCCGGAAACGUUAUUUGGACAAUAUUUAAUAAUACAAUUAAAUUUCUAGAAGAUGAUAUAACAGCACUUCAUAAGAUUAUUACAGAUUACAAUUUUCGUGAAAUUCAACCACUUAAUGGAAGAAUUGUCUCUGCUAGCUUUAGAGAUGAUCAAUUCGACACAGGACAGAUAUUACGCAUAAAACAAUGGAUACUGUUUAUUUACAUUAUAAUAAUAUACUUUCCUAACUAUUAA